GAUCCAUGUUCAUUUACAUUCUUCUCUGCCGGAAGAAAUUCGAAAUUUUUGGUGGAAAUAUUUUUUUUAUUUCGUUUUCUCGAAAUCUUUCUUCGCAAUUUUUAAUUUUGAUUGUGAGCGAAAAAAAUGUGAUUUUUCUAAAUAGAAAAAAAAAUCGUACUUUUUUUGUUUAGCGAAUGCGAGUUUGCAAUGUGUUUAAAAACUUCGACAUGUUUAAAAAGUGCGACAUGCAUAGAGAGAAAUUAAAAUGAGCUGAAGGAAAGAUUAAUUCUUUUGUGAUUGAAUACAACUGAGAAGAAUAUUAAUUUUAUAACACUCAUUAACAAAGUGGCGGAUCCAAGAGGAAUUCUUUUACUUUAAGGAUUUAUUGAGUGGAGGAUCUAGAAAUUGUACAGUGAUGACACAAAUUUCCUCCCUUCUCUUUGUGAUAUAUACCUACCUAUCAGUUGCCAUUGCUGUUUCAAUCUACGAAAAAUGUACGAGUCAUGAACAGUGUCCUGUCAACGCUAGAUGUCGCCCUUCAGGUUGUGAUGGUUACACGUGUCGAUGUGACGUCAAUUUUGUUUCCAAUGAUGAAAAAUCGAGUUGUUUACCAGCCCGACGAAUUGGAUACUCGUGUAACUCUACGUCCAGUAAAUGUUUGUCCCACUUCGCUCUGUGUGAGGAUAGCGCCUGUCGGUGUAACGACCUGAUGGAAGUGACCCCGGACGGUCGGUGUAAGGACCCCUUCUACAGCGUCCUGGAGGAGUCCUGUCAGACCAGUGAGUGUGCCGGGGGGACCGUCUGUCAGGGGGGCACCUGUGUGUGUCCCGAGCACCUGAGGCGACUGACCGAUGAGGAGUUCUGGAUCGAUCCAAUGAAUACUGACACAUGCAUUGAUAAAGAUUUCUCUGUCCAUUUAUGUAACGGAACACAGAUAAAUAUCCCAGAAGGCCUGAUAACUACACCAAUUCCACCAACAGCCUCGCUUGCAGUUUCCACCACAGAUCCUAGUCUAUCAGCAUCUCUAGCGAAUGCUGGAUCCAUAAUUACUGACACAAAAAUAUACGAAACGUGUACCAAGUCAAAACAAUGUCCAGAGCAUGCGCAGUGUCGUCCUCAGGGUUGUAAAGGUUACAGUUGUUUGUGUGACGAGGGAUUCAUGGCCACCCCGGACAGAACUUACUGUGUAAAAGCCUCCAAAAUCAGCGAGCCCUGUAACACCAACACUAGCUGUAUCUCGCCGUUCGCCUUCUGUGACGGCGUCUGUCGGUGUCUAGACGUCUUUGUCCCUUCCUCCGACGGACGAUGUAAACUUCCGGAUAUCAGUUUUGUGGGGGAGGAAUGUAGUACGGACGAGUGUGAGUACCCGGCUAAAUGCGUGGGCGGAUCCUGUCAGUGUGUAGGGGAGUACAGAGCGAUAACAACCGAGGAGUUCUGGAUAGACCCAACCAAUAUCUGGCAAUGUGCCAAAAACGAUACGUCAUUAGCUACUUGUAAAGGCAUGGAGGUAACGAAACCAACAGCUGUUAUAUCUGAGGAAACAAACGGCAAUACAGAAAAACACUCGGAUCCAGUAACAACAGAACAAACGACCUCAACAUCAAAGAAAAUGCCAACGUCAGAACUCGAUCAAACUACACAUCAUGACCGUACAACAACAGCCAUCAAUUAUACAAAUUCCAGAACAACACUCGUGAUGUCAACUUCAACAGUCUCAUCAACUGUGUCAACUUCAACAGCCUCAUCAACUGUGUCAACUCCAACAGCCUCAUCAACUGUGUCAACUUCAACAGCCUCAUCAACUGUGUCAGCGCUAAUGCAAGAAUCUACUUCACCGAACACGCAUUCAUCUUCAGAUGUUCCAUUUGUAACUUCACCAAAUGAUCUUACAACUAUAACUCCUGUUACUUCUUUUACUUCAACAAAGAAAUCCCUUACAACGACAGUACCAAUUAAGCCGUCUUCUAUUGUGACCGAAAAUGAUUCUAUUUCAACUUCUGUUUCAACUGUAACCAAUUUAAAAAGUGCUGAUGUUACCACCACAACUUCUUCGAAAACGACACCCACAGCUGCUUCCUUCCUGGCGGAGACAACCUCCUCUAAAUCAUUACAAAGCAAGACAUUUACAACAACCACUGAGGUAUCAACAAUGCCAUCAGAGUCAACAACAGGAAAAUCAGAGCCCUCCAAAGAAUCAACAACACGGACAAAACAAUCAAAAGAGUCAGCAUCAGUAAGCUAUACUAGAAAGGAAUCUGUUUCGUAUGAAACAGAAAGAUCCUCUACAAUAGAGGUACCCACAAAGUCCGUGUUGCAUGAAUCAGAAAGAUCUUCUACAACAGAGGUACCCACAAAGUCCGUGUUGUAUAAAUCAGAAAGAUCUUCUACAACAGAGGUACCCACAAAUGGUGACGCUGGCACCUCCACACUUACCGAAAGUGGUUCUGUAGACGUAACCAACACUUCAAAAGCUACAACAUCCUCAAUCAGUGCUUAUGAAGUAGUUAAAUCUUCUACGCCUAAAACUGAUUCUCCACCUAAUCUAACGUCAAAUAAAUCAGGAUUCCCUAGCAAAGUAGAACAGAUUCCUUCUACACCCUCAGGUGGGAAUGCUACCCUCAGUAGUACCAUCAGAACAGUACAUAAAAACUCCUCACAUUUUCCUUUUGGACCAGGUCAUAACGACCAUGAUCAUUACCUGUGUGAGUCCCAUUCUUUCAUCUGCUCUGAGAUUCUGUGUAUCCCCUCCAGUUGGGUUUGUGACGGCGAGAGGAACUGCCCGGAUGGCAGAGACGAAUCACUAUCAAUAUGUAACGAGGACCGUGUUUGCCCUGCGGAUGAAUACAAGUGUUCUAACUUCCGGUGUAUUCCGGGGUCCUGGUUGUGUGACGGGGAAGUAGAUUGCCCACUCAGAGAGGACGAAUCUGCAGCGGCCGGAUGUUUGACGCCGAACACGACCCUGACCAAUACUACACAGCUCCCGGAGGACGGGGGCCGGGAACCAGCUGAGAAGAGUUAUACAGCAACAGCGAGCUUGGGAAGUCUAGAGAGCAUCGCUAUCGCUGCGGCCGCUGGACUAGUCCUAUUAAUUAACAUUAUCGGGAUCAUUCUAGCUCUGACUCGGAGAAAAAGGCGAAAAAUUGACAAAAACCCUCCGAGUAUGAUGAAUACGUCGGUGACGUCAUCAGAAGACACAGAGAGCGCGAAUUUCAAAAUUCCGCGCCCGAAUGUCCUCUAUCCGCCGUACUAUGUUAAGGAUGACUGGAACACGUGGAACAGUAGCCAUUUUACUCAGUACGCGGAACAAAUGUACGCCCUGGAUGAACACAGUGACUUCUACCCAGGAUCCCUCAAAACUCUCUAAUGAGCGGGUUAGUUAGGGAGCAGUCAUUAUUAAAUUGAUAAAUGGAGCAAAUGAAAUCUGUUAUGAAAUCACUUUCCAUGGAGAAUGUUGGGUUUGUAAACACACCAGUGUAUAUUUGCUUGUUACAAUAUUUUAUUUUUUUUCGGAACAUUUCUUCUGAGAUGAGCAGGAAACUUUUAUUUGCUUUCUAAAUUGCAAAUAUUGGAAGAAAAAUAUGUUCCUACAUAUUUGUUUGGAUUAAAAGUACAUAAAAAUGUCUUAAAUAUAUCCAAGAAAUAUUAUCUUGUUCGAUAUUUGAGAAUAGGUUUAAGCAAGGGCAAAACACCUAAAAUAAAGGAUUUCUCUCAUCAUCGGACACCUAUGGGAGAUCUUUUUUUUUUACUAUCAAGCAUGUGCAAGCUCGCCAAAAUAUCGCCAUAUGUAAAUU